UGUAACUACGAAAAUUGCCACGCUCCCUUACUUCCCUGUGAUGUUGUUGAAUGUUGAACGAGACACACACAAGCAGUAGCGCGGCUCGGUGUGAUCGAGGAGAGCUUCUGCUUGGUCUCGACGCGACACACGGCGUUGAAUCGGAGUGGAUUAACCUCUAAUCAAGGGCAGAAAGUGUGUCUCCAUCAGUAUGGACCGUCCAGUGUGGACGCAUCCCUCGCUUGAUUGACAAGCAGGAGGGAUGGGCCGUCUACAGGAAGAGUCUUAUUAGGUGGAGAAGACCCAACCCUCGAUCCCACAAGUCUCGAUCAUGAAACUCGACCCAUCCUGAACUCUGUCUAUACACAAACACCCAAACAUGGCCUCCAUAUACUUAUGGAAGCUGUCGUCCCAGAAGCUAGGCUUCUUCCUGGUGAGUUUCGGCUUCAUCUGGGGCAUGAUGCUGCUACACUUCACCAUCCAGCAAAGGACGACGCACGAGAGCAGCGCCCAGCUACGCAUGCAGAUCCUCGACCUGAGCAAGCGCUACAUCAAAGCUCUGGCCGAAGAGAACCAGGGCGUGAUGGACGGACCUUACGUGGGGACCAUGACUGCAUACGACCUGAAAAAGACUCUCGCUGUGCUGCUGGACAACAUCAUGCUGAGGCUGUCCAAGCUUGAGUCCAAAGUGGACACCAUCAUCAUCGUCAACGGCUCGGCCUCCAACCUGACCAACGGCACAGUGGCUCCUGUGUCCAGUUCUGCCAAUGGCGAGAAGGUCAACGUGGCAGACCUGCUUAAUGGAGCACAGGAAAAGUGUGAGCUGCCACCUCUUGACGGCUUCCCGCACUGUGAGGGCAAAAUGAAGUGGAUGAAGGACAUGUGGCGUUCAGAUGCGUGCUAUGCGAAUUAUGGCGUGGACGGAACCACGUGUAGCUUCUUCAUCUACCUGAGCGAGGUUGAGAACUGGUGUCCUCGUCUGCCAUGGAGGGGCAGCAGCACUAAUGAUGAUUUUGAAAAACAGGGACAGCUGGAGAUCCGGACGAGUCUGGACGAGCUGUAUCGCGUGAUGUCGCGGCGCGAGGAGUUCCGCUGGAUGAUGUUGAGGAUAAAGCGGAUGGAGGAGCCGUGGCUCAGCGCCGUGCACUCCCUCAGUCUCAAACAAGACCUGCGCACCCGCAAACGAAAGAAGAUCCUUGUGCACCUGGGCCUGCUGACAAAGGAGUCUGGCUUCAAGAUAGCUGAGAAUGCGUUCAGCGGGGGUCCACUGGGGGAGCUGGUGCAGUGGAGUGACCUCAUCACCACUUUAUACCUGCUUGGCCACGACAUCCGCAUCUCAGCCUCUAUCGCUGAGCUUAAAGAGAUCAUGAGGAAGGUGAUGGGAAACAAGUCCAGCUGUCCCACGCAGGGAGACAAAGUGGUGGAGCUCAUCUACAUCGACAUUGUGGGCCUGUCUCAAUUUAAGAAGACACUAGGGCCCUCGUGGGUGCAUUACCAGUGCAUGUUGCGAGUGUUGGACUCGUUCGGGACGGAGCCGGAGUUUAACCAUGCUCACUACGCUCAGUCUAAAGGCCACAAGACUCCAUGGGGCAAGUGGAACCUUAACCCUCAGCAGUUCAACACCAUGUUCCCUCACACUCCCGAUAACAGUUUCCUGGGCUUCGUGGUGGAGCAGCACCUGAACGCCAGCGACAUCAAACACAUCGACGACGUCAAGCGCCAGAACCAGUCGCUCGUCUACGGGAAAGUCGAUAACUUCUGGAAGGAUAAAAAGAAGUACUUGGACAUCAUCCACUCGUACAUGGAGGUGCACGCAACCGUCCACGGCAGCAGCACUGUCCAUUUGCCCGGCUACGUCAAAAACCACGGCAUCCUCAGCGGACGAGACCUACAAUUCCUGCUCCGUGAGACCAAACUCUUUGUAGGUUUGUCCUUCCCUUAUGAAGGCCCCGCCCCCCUGGAGGCUAUAGCCAAUGGCUGUGCGUUCCUGAACCCGAAGUUCAAUCCACCCAAGAGCAGCAAGAACACAGAUUUCUUCAAGGGCAAGCCCACGCUGAGAGAGCUGACUUCACAGCACCCGUAUGCUGAAGUGUACAUUGGCCAGCCUCAUGUUUGGACUGUAGACAUAGAGAAACCCGGAGAGGUGGACAGAGCAAUCAGAGCUAUCCUCAGUCAGAAGAUUGAGCCCUAUCUGCCGUAUGAGUUCACCUGUGAGGGGAUGCUGCAGAGAGUCAACUCCUUCAUCGAGAACCAGGACUUCUGUCAUGGUCAGGUGAUGUGGCCUCCUCUCAGCGCUCUGCAGGUGAAAAUGGCUCCGGCAGGGAAAUCCUGCAAACAGGUAUGUCAGGAGGAGCAGCUGAUCUGCGAGCCGUCCUUCUUCCAGCACCUGAACAAGGACAAGGACCUGGCCAGGUUUGGUGUAGAGUGCAGGACGGUGGAGAGCGUUGGGGACAUCGUGGUCCCUGCGUUCAGCGAGUCAUCACGUCACUGUGUGCUACAGGCUGAUCUGCUGCUGUUCAGCUGUGCGGGAGCUCAUCCUUCACUCCAGCGCGUCUGCCCCUGCAGGGACUACAUGAAGGGCCAGGUGGCCCUGUGCAAGGACUGCUUAUAACACACACACACACACACACACACACACACACACACACACACACAUUCCAGUGUUUCCCCUUUAGCUCUGGGUCUGGGUCCCAUCAUUUUAGUGUUAGAGAAUGUUUUCAUAUAGAACUGAAUAAAUUUAUACUGCCUAUGUACAGUAACCAGCUACUGACAUUUUAACGGAUAAUUACUGUUUAUCGUGAGCAAGCAAACUGCAGAAAUAUUUAUUUGUGAUGCACUUUGUUAGGCAAAAAAUUUCAAAAAGAAAACGUCUUUAGUAAAACUCAUUUAAUUCUUUGUUUUAAACAUGAAAAGAGAAAAGGAGGAAGGAGGAAGGCCCACUUUGCAAAGCGGUUUAGUAAUUAAAUUUAGAAAUUAGUAAUAACCUCAUCUCAUUAUUAGGCUUAUUUUAGCCAAAGUUCCACCUUUUGAGAAACGGAAGAGUUCUGAAACUCUGCUGAAAGAGCAAUACAACAGAAGCCCCCUGAAUACCAAAUCCCACUAAUCACCAGUUAUUAAUAGUUACUGAUUACCAAUAAUUACUGAUUCAUAAUCAUUUCAAAUGCCUGUUUUAUGGCUGCUAAUGCGUGUCUCAACGGCUGCUAAUUUUAAAUUCCCUCUAAUUUCAAAUGCCUGCUAAUUAAUUCCCAAUAAUUACCAAUUCCCAAUAAUUAUAGAUUUCCAAUUAUUACAGAUACCCAAUCAUUACAAAUUCCCAAUAAUUUCAAACGCCUGUUAAUUACCAAUUUCCAAUCAUUACCAAUAGUUACAGAGUUCUAAUCAUUACAGAUACCCAAUAAUCACAAGUUCCCAAUAAUUACCAAUUUCCAAUAAUUUCAAAUGCCUGCUAAUUACCAGUUUCCAAUCGUUACCAAUAAUUACAGAUUUCCAAUCAUUAUAGACACCCACUAAUUACAAAUUCCCAAUAAUUACCAAUUCCCAAUAAUUUCAAAUGCCUGCUAAUUACCAAUUCCCAAUAAUUACCAAUAAUUACAGAUUUCCAAUCAUUACAGACACCCACUAAUUACCAAUUUCCAAUAAUUACCAAUUCCCAAUAAUUUCAAAUGCCUACUAAUUACCAAUUUCCAAUAAUUACCAAUUCCCAAUAAUUUCAAAUGCCUGCUAAUUACCAAUUUCCAAUAAUUACCAAUAAUUACAGAUUUCCAAUCAUUACAGACACCCAAUAAUUACAAAUUCCCAAUAAUUACCAAUUCCCAAUAAUGAUCGAUUACAAAUGCCCACUAAUUAGCAACAUGCACUAUUAAGAAACUUCUGCUGAAAAAUGUUUUCAAAGAACAACAACCAGGUUUGAAUAGCCACUAAUUACCAAGUAAACUUGUAUUAGUUAGCUAAUAGAUUAAUUCUCAAUCCUAAACCUUGACCGUUAAGUUUGUUAAAAGUAUCUGCAACAGAUAUCAUCACAGAGGACGUUGUGGUGGACGUUCUGUGGUCUGCUCCGGUGUGUUUGUUUAGCUUUCUUAUAGGCCAGACUGAAAUCUGGGGAAACACUGCACACAUGCACACAUGCUCGAAGCUGAAGCUUGUGUUUCUCACGAGCAUUUCAGAGCUAGUCGAAGUGAUCAAUGUGUGGGGGAAAAAAAAAAAAAUGGACAAAUACAAAAGAAAGGCCAGACUGAACAAGUGCUGAACUGUUCUCCGAAACGGCCUGAAAUACUUGAAGGAGGCGCGCAGGUAUAUGGAACUCGUCACUGCCCCCUGUGUGUGUGGAGGAGACACUCCAGCGCUGCGCUGUCCGAGUUUAUUCUAUUUUAUUUAAUCCUCUCCGUCCCUCGAUCUCCUGUUCAUCACGGGACCAAGGUGCCCAGGAAGGAACUUUAUUAAAGCGCCAGGAAAAAAAAAAAAAGAAGGUCGGAAACUCUUAAACCCUGCGUGUGGAGGAUUUUCUAUUCAGACUGCCUGCACUGCACUGCAUUUAUAUGUACAUAUACAUUUUAAAUAGAAGUAAAUGUGUUGCAGCGUACCCACAAUGGCACAUGCACACUCAUUUUCCUGGCCUUCUGUGUUUUGUGGCCUGCUUUUAGCAAACAACGAGAACACAUUCUGAUCCUCAGUGACGUGAUUAGCACUGUAAGCUACACACUCCCGGAAUGAACUCGGCUAGUCCUCCAAAUUUCGAUAUCAUAUAUUGAAAUUACUUGGAAAUGAGACAAAGCUAUGAAAGAUGUUAUGGUUUUAUUCCUGCAGCUCAUCUCAAAACUCAUGUACAUACCGUACAUACCGUAAUCGCCGCAUUUGAAUUCUUCGAAAUCAUGUGACUUUUUUUUUUUUUUUUUUCUGAAGUUCCUUUCACUCUUGGAUUGUUUGUUUGCCUGCAGAAUAUUGUAAGCAUCAGAUAUUUUCCUUCUUUUCCUGAGUGAAAGUGCUCUACACGAGCCUACAUACUGAAAACCAGAUGUGAUGACACUGUACAAUUGUUCAUAAGGAUUUUUUUAAUUUAUUUUGUAUACAAAAUAAUUUCCGGUGAUUUUUAUUUAUAUAGAAUGUGUUUUUUGUUUUUUUUUUUUCUUUUUUUCUUUUUUUUUUUUCUUUUUGCUUUACAGAGGGAAAUAUUAUUUAUGAUAAGUUAAAAGCGUGUUUGCGUGCACGUGCUUGUCCAGGACAGAGUCCGUAUGACGUUGAGGACAAAAAUUAUGACAGCACAAUUGGUGAGAUCACCUUAAUUUAUUUUAUUAUUAUGAGUGACGAUACACUGGAACGAGUUGAAAUAGUUAUCAGUUGUACUAAUGUAGAUGUUAAAGAAAUGUUCUUUCCAGCACAUUCCUUAAAAUAUGCUGAGAAAAAGAGACGAUUGUAUCGUUUUUGAAAGACUACUGAUGAUGGCUGAGUGAUCUAUAUUGAAUAUGAAAUAUAUAUAUAUAUAUAUACACACACACAUACAUAAAUACACGCACUAUACACACCAAAUAUAGUAUAAUUUUCCCCUCAGCGUCACUGUCAUGGACAAGCAGUGCACCUUGAGUUCAGAUUUUAUAUUUAAAAAAAGUCGCAAAAACCUCAUUUUAGCUUUUGUGUGUCACAUUUACGCAUUUGCACAUUUGUAUAUACGGACGGGUUUCUUCGCUUAUUUUCUAACUUAUUUCGCGUUCUGUUUCCGAGAUCUCAGUUUGUAUAUAAUCGUGACGACCUUUAGCCAAGCUACUGUUUUUAUGUUCUGUUCAUGACGUGCCUUUCUGAUAGGUUCCUUGUCGGAAAACAAGAGCGAGCGUAGACGUGUAGACACGUAGACGCGUAGACACGUAGACGUGUAGACGAAGAAACGCAAACAAAGCCGUUUAAUACACAAAAAAAAAAAAAACACGUAAUGUUUCUGAGUGAUCGUUU